AUGUGGCGUGAGCCACCGCUUUGUUUAUUACACCAUGCACCACCCCAAGUCAAAAAAGUCUUACAAGCCAAAAUGGGUGGUAAAAGCCAGUCCACUACAGGUAGUAAAAGCCAGUUCACUACAGGUGGUAAAAGCACAUCUGAAACUUCUGAAAUUGAAUCGUCCUAUUCCUCUACUGGCAAAAUGACGAGCAUCUAUGCAGAGCUUGCUCGCCUCAAACUCAAUAUAAAGCAAAAGUCUGCACUACUCUACUACCUCACUGAAAAUGGCGAAGCUGAAGCUAAAAUGGAGAAAGCCUUCGGUACCUGCAACGACGAUGAGGAGAAAUAUGCCUAUCUAGACUUAGUCUUGGGGGGUUUAUCUGAAAAGUCUCGCUCAACUGAAAUUGAAUCGGUCAACCUCGUUACUGAUGAUAAAACAUCUGAGCCUCAUCUUGAAACAGAAUUUAUUGAAAAGCUAAAGCUCGAUAUAUCUAAAGAGCCUGUUUUCGGAAAAUAUGACCCUAAAGAUGCAGAUCUCGAACAGUUUGUUAAAAAACUGCGCCUCGACCAAAUGGACUACGAUGAAUUAACGGGCAAAGAUGUACAGAAAUUUUACGAAUUCGUUGGUCCUGAUUUUGCUUGGCCUCCUACCAUGGAUAACGCAGAGCGCUGUCUCAUCCUUGGUUCUGUUGCCCAUGAGGGAAGACAAGGAGAAGAAUAUGCAAAAAAUCUUAUUGCAUAUCGGCGCUUCAAAGAGGCUGGACAAUUUGAUUCGUCUAAAGGUACUCAUGUCUUGAUCAUCGACGGAAAGAUAGUCGGUUAUGGAACAGAAGCAUCGGGCAAGGAAUACAAAGAAAUCAGGUCAAAGCGUCCAGGAGCGUUGUACGCGCCUCUUAUAGAAAAGGUGGUCUACGCGAGAUUCUCUUCUAUUGAAGGUGUCUCAAAAAAGGAGUGGCAGGUGCACAUGCGUAUUAGGCGCAAAGCCUACCCCAAUGUUAUAGCAACAAUGGCCAAUAUUGAACAAGUCAAAAACCGCAAUUAUCGGCUAUUACUCGAUACUGGUGCCACUUACACAGUUGUACCGAAGUUUGUACAGGAAAGGAUGGGGCACAGUGAUGGCUGGAGUGACAUGGCUAUAAAAGUUAGUGGCUACGGUUCCAACUCCCGAAUGUUUCAGAUUGAUGAGCCCUGGGAAGUCUCCUUGGGGGAUGGUGUGAAUUGGACGGAAUGGAUGGAGAUUGAAGAAUUAUAUGUUUGGCAAAAGUAUCUUUCCCGCACAGUGGAUUGUGGUCUGGUUGGUUUUGAUGUUUUAAAUAACACUUACCAGAUCAAAGUCCCCGGCAAACCGUAUGCUUUUAUAACAGAUGACAUUGCUAAUCAAUUACAACAAAUUUACAACAGCAUCAAUAGAUCUGACGGAUCCGGCUAG